CAAAAACAUAUACCAAUAUAAUAAAGAGAAGAGUAAAAUAAUUUGUGGUUUCAGUUUCACGUGAAUAGUCUAUGUUAGGGAAACCAUGGACGAAGUAAAAUCAUCUGUUUUUUUUUCCCGCUCAGUGUGAUGCAACUUUCAAAAGCAGCUUCUUAAUUAGAUUUCCCCUAUUAAUAGCUUUUGGCUCCACGAGUUUCCUCUUCAGUCUCUCAAAAACUCAAAGUAAUGGAGGUAAACAAGCGCGAGGAGGGUACUGAUCGUGAAGAAUUAGGUUCAUUGUCAGAGAUGAUUUCUACUAUUUGUUCAGAAGAUCAUAAUGAAUUAAACCCUUUGCAAGAGAUAUUCGGCCCGAACUCGAGUUCCUCAACGCUUGACUUUUCUGAGUCUCAGAGAGACACAAGGGAUCAUAGCAACAAGAGUACUGUUACGGGUAAACGACAACGUUCCAUGGAGUACCGUGUGGUGAUGGAGAAGAAAAGACGACAGGUUAUUAGAGAAAAGGUAGAUAUAUUGCAGGGGAUGACGCCUAAUUGCACAAAGACUGACCUUGCAACGAAGCUUGAAAACAUCGUUGAAUACAUCAAAAGCUUAAAGCAUCAGAGAGAUAUUAUGGCUAAGACAUACACACAGCCUGCUGGUUACAUGGCACCAUUUUAUGGAGCGCAAGCACCAUGUAUGGCUCCUCCAUACACUACUCCUUGGGGCUAUUAUGCGCCAGGAAUCCCAAUGAUGCCUCAACAAAACAUGUCCUUUAAACCACAAUUUCAUCAGGUUCAUUUCCUACUUCAGUUUAACCUUAUCAUAUUCAACAGAUUAUGAUUUCUGCCAACAGUUUACAUCACAGGUACAUGACAGUGCGGGGCCUGAUAAAACAUAAUAAGCUUUAGCUUUUUAAGACCCUUUGGUUUUUGACUCGUUUCUUUUUCUUGUAGAGACUGUUCUUGUAUAAUUAAUUGUAUACAUAGAUAUAUGAAAUUUUGAAAUGGAUGAGUUUGUUAACUUUCAUGUUAUGUUUAGUCGGUUACAAUGUAAUGUCAAUUUCUUAAAAAAAUCAUGUAUUAUCAAAUUAUUUCUAUCUUGUUUCUUAAUGAAA